AUGACGGCAGUCCGUACCGUGACGUAUCAGUUUAAUGUUAAUGGAGUUUACACUAAAAAGAUGGAAGCUAGGAGAGGUCUUAGGCAAGGGGAUCCUAUCUCCCCCUUGCUCUUUGUCGUGAUCAUGGAGUAUUUGCAUAGGAAAUUAAAAGGCCUUAGAGCUAUUCCUAACUUUAAUUUCCACAGCAAAUGCGAAAAGAUUCAGAUUAUAGAUGUGAGCUUUGCGGACGAUCUUCUUCUUUUCUCAAGAGGGGAUGUCAUGUCAGUCAAGCUAGUCAUGGAGAGAUUCAAUGAGUUCUCCCAAUUCACAGGUUUGUUUGUUAACCUGCAUAAAUGUAAAAUUUAUUGUGGUGGGAUGAAUGGGAAUGGUGAAGGCCAACUUGCAGGUAUUACUGGUUUUGCGAAAGGCCCGCUGCCUUUCAGAUACUUAGGGAUCCCGUUGACAAGCCGACAGAUUAACAAUGCUCAGUGUGUGGGGCUGGUGGAUAAAAUCCUUGAUAGGGUAAAUCAUUGGAGUGCCCAUACGCUUAGUUACUCAGGCCGUGUUCAGCUGCUGCGAAGCAUCAUUUUUGCAACUGCAAACUACUGGAUGCAGUGUUUACCGCUUCCUAAGGGUGUGAUUCGUAGAAUAGAGGCUGUCUGCAGGUCUUUUCUCUGGACUGGUAAAAGCUGUGUUACGAAGAAAAGUCCCGUGGCGUGGAAUAAGGUAUGUGCUCCAAAAAAUCAAGGUGGUUUGAAUGUGAUAAAUUUCCAAAGUUGGAACAGGGCGUGCUUAAUCAAACUACUUUGGAAUCUGUAUAAGAAAGAAGAUAGCUUGUGGAUUCAAUGGGUUCAUACAUACUACACUAGAGGAGAAGACAUUAUGACAGUGCCGAUAAAAGCGUCCUGCUCUUGGAUUAUGAAAGGAAUUCUAAAGCAGAGGGUGAAAGUGCAAGAGAUGGCUCAAUGGACAGAUUUGCUCCGGACCAACAGAUUUCGCGUCAACCAGUUUUACUAUGGGCUGUUGGAGCCCCAACCGGUGGUAUCUUGGAGGAAAGUAUUUUUUAACAAUGAAGCUCGGCCUAGAGCCUUGUUUAUUCUAUGGCUAGCUUGUCAUAACAGAUUGGCCACGAAAGAAAGGUUGUAUAGGUUUGGUAUUGUGAAUGAUGCCCGGUGUGCGUUCUGUGAAGAGGUUGAAACGGUUCAACAUCUUCUGUUUGAAUGCGGGGAAAUGUAUGCUAUUUGGAAAAAGGUGUUGGAUUGGCUAAAUGUUGAUCAUGAACCCGCAGGGUGGUUGCAAGAGUUAGAUUGGAUAGAGGAUACGAGCAAAGGAAAGAAUUGGAAGAGUCGUUUCCUAAAAACAUCUUUUGCGGAGACGGUGUAUAGAUGUUGGAAGUAUAGAAAUAAUAAAAUUCAUGAAAAAGUUGACACGACAGAUAUAGCUGAUGAAAUUAUAGGUACAGUAGUGCAUCGACUAUGGAUGAAAAAGAAUUAUAGAGAGCAAAUUGCUCACCUCCUUAUGAUAUAG